AUGGCGCCUCAACGAUCGAGCAUUCCCGGACCUGGUCACAGGAGCACCGUAGAAGGUCGGAGACAGGUCGAUCGCUCAGCGAGGAAAUCGCUACCAAUCCCGCGAGCCAAGUCUACCGCGGCAUUGCCGACCUACACUCCAUCGACAGCUUCGCCCAUGCAACCACCUACGAUACACCACCGCAGUAGCAGCAUCGCCAAAUUGUCGUCUUUUGGCGAACCACCACACAAACGCUCCGAUUCGGUCCUAACCAAUGGAUCGUCCAGAUCUCGACCACCAUCACGACUUCACACCAGCAAAUCGCACGGACUGCUCACACCACCGUCAUCCACCUCAUCUCGGUCGUCCUUGUUGUACGCAAAAGACAGUCCUUCGUCUCCACCAUGCGCGCUACAUACCAGCAGCAGAUCACGCCCAUUGCCAGCAGCCGUCGCCGGUCGAACAACAUCAGCAAAGGCGACACCGAAAUCGCCAUCAUCACCCUACAUGAACAUGCAUAUCACCGAUCCAUGCAUACCAGGCUGCCUCAUCCACCAACUCUCUCCCUGCGGCCACAAGAUCCUCACCCCGAAACCCGAACCCUGCGCCAGCAAUUGCAAGCAACGAUCACCCAACACUCCCAGCGGCACUCCAACGCAAGAUGCCUUCGUCUGCGCCGCCUGCGUCGAACUCCACGUCCAAGUUCACCGCGAAGUCAAGCGGGACGUGUACCAACACAACUUGGAGCAGACCGAAGUGCAAAUGGGGAAAUUUCCGCCGGAUUGGAUCAAGCAACAGCAGAAGUAUUGGGAGAAAGUGUGGGAGAAUGAUAUGUUGAAGGAGAAGGAAUCUUUUGAGCGGCUGGGGCGAAGUUGUAUGGCAAUACCCGGAGAACCAAUUGAAGAGGGAAUGGGGAAGAUUGUUGAUAAUGAGUCGGUCGUGACUGCGGUACCGUGGCCUCCGACCAAGAGACCUGCGAAAGUCAGGAUAUCCGAGUGGCGGCCCCGAAUUGGACAGGAUCAGCUUUAA